UCAUCAAUAAGAGCCGGCAAAGGCUGUGAGGUUUGCCACACUGCCUUCACCCAGCAGAGGAGUAAGAGCAAAGGCAGAGACUGGCAGAGAAACCGAGUAUCCACUGAGGGUAAAGCUGCAAUAUUGCAGUCCCGGUCUUGAGGUGCUUUUUGCUGCUGUCCCUCACUCAGAUCAUCCAGGUAAUACCCUAGCAAGCAACAAGAAUGGAUGUCUUUAAGAAAGGCUUCUCCAUUGCUAAAGAAGGUGUGGUGGCUGCUGCAGAAAAGACCAAGCAGGGAGUGACGGAGGCUGCAGAGAAGACUAAAGAAGGGGUGAUGUAUGUAGGUACCAAAACCAAGGAAGGCGUAGUGCAAAGUGUGACCUCAGUUGCUGAGAAGACCAAAGAGCAGGCCAAUGUGGUGGGAGAAGCUGUAGUAGCCAGUGUGAACACAGUGGCAAACAAGACUGUAGAAGGAGCAGAGAACAUCGUGACCACUACAGGAGUUGUAAGAAAGGAGGACCUGGCAGCGCCGCAGCCACCCGAGCAGCUGGGGAUGGCGGGAGAGGGGGUCCCGGCAGCAAGCACCGGCGGCAGCGGAGAGGGUGAAAAUGAAGGCAAUUAAUCAACUUAGGGACUUCUAUCUCAAAAGAGAGCAUUCCAAGAGCAUACAUGGAAAUACUAGCUGACACUACAACAGGAAAAUCCCGCUCUCCAUUGACUAACUACAUUCAGCUCUGUAAUCUUUCACCUCCCUCAUAAACCAAUCAUACUGUAUAUGUAAGCCAGGCUCCUCUGAUUCUAAGUAAAGUGCAGCCGUGUACCAAGGUGUGUGUCUCCCUCCCCACCUCCCUCAUGCCUUUCCAACCCACUCACUUUGUGUGUUUUGGUCAGACUCACUGAUCCGUGUCUCAUGUCCAUCUGCACUGGCACUUGGGAUCUCUAGGUAUCGUGGAAAUAUAUUUUUUUUUUAACUAAUAAAAAAGUGUUUGAACAA